AUGCAGUGGACGCCGGAGCAUGCCCAGUGGCCAGAACAGCACUUUGACAUCACCUCAACCACUCGGUCUCCUGCCCACAAAGUUGAAGCCUACCGAGGUCAUUUGCAGCGCACCUAUCAGUAUGCCUGGGCAAACGAUGACAUAUCUGCUCUGACUGCCUCCAACCUGCUAAAAAAGUACGCAGAGAAGUAUUCUGGCAUCCUAGAAGGCCCCGUGGACCGGCCCGUACUCAGCAACUACUCGGACGCGCCCUCGGGGCUGGUGAACGGGCGGAAGAAUGAAAGCGAACCCUGGCAGCCUUCCUUGAAUUCGGAAGCUGUCUAUCCCAUGAACUGUGUCCCGGAUGUCAUCACGGCCAGCAGUCGGUUUGAGUCGUGUUCAUACCCUCCCUGGGCCAUAGGAUGGAUCUUCCUCCUGAUCUGGGUGGCCAGCAACCUGAUGAAGUAGCUACUGAGUAGCACUCAUGAAGCCAAUCUGCGUCUAGCUCACGCAGGGUCUGCCUCAGAAUACACUCGGAUAACGGUUUAUUUGCAUUCGACGCAUUCAGUGCUCAGCCGGACAUGCCUGCUCCUGCUCUCACCUCACUCCUCCCUUUUAGAAGCCUGUUCUGCAGUUGCCUCACGCCUUCCCCCCCCGCCGCCCGCCCUGGUCCCGGGCUACAAUGGGACCUCUAACCUCUCCAGUUACAGUUAUCCCCCCGCCAGCUACCCGCCUCAGACUGCCGUGGGAUCUGGGUACAGCCCCGGGGGCGCGCCGCCGCCUCCUUCAGCCUACCUGCCUUCAGGAAUCCCUGCUCCGACCCCUCUGCCCCCCACCACUGUUCCUGGCUACACUUACCAGGGCCAUGGUUUGACACCUAUCGCCCCCGCGGCUCUGGCCAACAGUUCGGCGAGUUCUCUCAAAAGGAAAGCUUUCUAUAUGGCAGGGCAAGGAGAGAUGGACUCCAGUUACGGAAAUUACAGCUACGGCCAACAGAGAUCUACCCAGAGCCCCAUGUACAGAAUGCCCGACAACAGCAUUUCAAACUCGAAUCGGGGGAAUGGCUUUGACAGAAGUGCUGAAACAUCAUCCUUAGCAUUUAAGCCAACGAAGCAGCUAAUGUCCUCUGAACAGCAAAGGAAAUUCAGCAGCCAGUCCAGUAGGGCUCUGACCCCUCCUUCCUAUAGUACUGCUAAAAAUUCCCUGGGAUCGAGAUCCAGCGAAUCCUUUGGGAAGUACACGUCGCCGGUAAUGAGUGAGCACGGGGACGAGCACAGGCAGCUCCUCUCUCACCCGAUGCAAGGCCCUGGACUCCGUGCAGCUACCUCAUCCAACCACUCUGUGGACGAGCAACUGAAGAAUACCGACACGCACCUCAUUGACCUGGUAACCAAUGAGAUUAUCGCCCAAGGACCACCGGUGGACUGGAAUGACAUCGCUGGCCUCGACCUGGUAAAGGCCGUCAUUAAAGAGGAGGUUUUAUGGCCAGUGUUGAGGUCAGACGCGUUCAGUGGACUGACGGCCUCACCUCGGAGCAUCCUUUUAUUUGGGCCUCGGGGAACAGGCAAAACGUUACUGGGCAGAUGCAUAGCUAGCCAGCUGGGGGCCACGUUUUUCAAAAUCGCUGGUUCUGGACUCGUUGCCAAGUGGUUAGGAGAAGCAGAAAAAAUCAUCCACGCGUCUUUUCUCGUGGCCAGGUGCCGCCAGCCCUCGGUGAUUUUUGUCAGUGACAUUGACAUGCUUCUCUCCCCUCAAGUGAGUGAGGAACACAGUCCAGUCAAUCGGAUGAGAACGGAAUUUCUGAUGCAGCUGGACACUGUACUAACUUCAGCUGAGGACCAAAUCGUAGUAAUUUGUGCCACCAGUAAACCAGAAGAAAUAGAUGAAUCUCUUCGGAGGUACUUCAUGAAACGACUUUUAAUCCCACUUCCUGACAGCACAGCGAGGCACCAGAUAAUAGUACAACUGCUCUCACAGCACAAUUACUGUCUCAAUGACAAGGAGUUUGCACUGCUCGUCCAGCGCACAGAAGGCUUUUCUGGACUAGACGUGGCUCAUUUGUGUCAGGAAGCAGCGGUGGGCCCCCUCCACGCCAUGCCAGCCACAGACCUUUCAGCCAUCAUGCCCAGCCAGUUGAGGCCCGUUACGUAUCAAGACUUUGAAAAUGCUUUCUGCAAGAUUCAGCCUAGCAUAUCUCAAAAAGAGCUUGAUAUGUAUGUUGAAUGGAACAAAAUGUUUGGUUGCAGUCAGUGA